AUGCGAGCUGCAGCGAUGUCAGUGUGGGUUUUUAUCAACCUCCUUUGCUUCGGUAUGUGCGGAUAUCUCUACCUAAUUUGGUCUCAGUAUUGGAUGAAUAUUGAAAAGCAGAGGCUGUUUAACAAAACUCCAUCUACACCCCAGAGAAGUAGCUUGACUAGCUUGAAUUUAGAAGCAAAGUACAACUACCCAGUAUACAACGCUUCUACGUUAAGAAUAGACUCCGUACGAAAGAGAUCAGCAAUUGGAGGGUUUUGGAGUAGCGGGAAAGUGGUGCAGUCUCCCGAUAAGUUGUCGGGCUCACAACAUCCGUCCAACAACAACAUUGUGAGGAAGAGCAAUGGAAGUCCACGGUUCCCGAACGUACACAAACCCGUAUUGGAGUUCGACAGUGAAAAGUAUUUAUGCGACGACUUAUUUACACCAGAGUGUGAUGCUCGCACGGAGGAAUUUAAAGAGUUGAUGCUGAAAGAGUUUCACAGGGUUCUAAUGGGUGAAAGUAAAGUGUUCAGGUCGGGGUUGGAUGUGCAUAAUACUUACGAUGUGAAGUACGAAGGGAGUCCAAGGAAGGAGAUGUCGAGGUUAGAGUUGUUGUGCGCGCUGCGGGCGGUGCGGCUGCGCACGGUGACGUCAGAGGAUGAACCGUUCAAGCGGCUGGGGUUCCGCAUCCCGGGGUCGCCGCUGCAGCAGCACCGGGCCUUCAACACGUGCGCUGUCGUCACCAGCGCCGGAGCACUGCUAGGCUCGCGGCUUGGAGAAUUUAUAGAUUCCCAUGACAUGGUGUUGAGAUUCAACAAUGCUCCCACCGAGAAUUACACAGAGGAUGUUGGAUAUAAAACUACAUUUCGCGUACUGAAUUCACAGGUUGUAACGAAACCCGAAUUCCAUUUCUUAGAGGAUCCGCUGUAUAAAGAUACAUCUCUACUAAUAUGGGACCCUGCUAACUACUCCUCUACUCUGGAAGAGUGGUACAACCAUCCGGACUUCCCUCUCUUUCCCGUGUAUAAGAAAUUGCUACAAGACAGAACUGAUGCAGACGUCCAUUUAUUGUCACCUCAAGUGUUAUGGGGGCUGUGGUCUGUGCUGCAAGACUCCUCUCCUUACAGGUUGCGCCGGAACCCUCCUUCUUCAGGUUUUAUAGGCGUGUGGUUCUCGCUGCACCGUUGCCGCCGCGUGCGCGUGUUCGAGUACGUGCCGUCUGCGCGUGCGACGCGACGCUGUCACUACCACAGCGCGCGCGACGACGCUGCGUGCACGCUGGGCGCCUGGCAUCCGCUAGCUCAAGAGAAGGCCCUUGCCGAGCGCAUACGCGAUAAUACCGACAUCGAUGUCUUCCAGCGAGGUUUCAUUGAUAUACCUGGCUUCAGUAGUUUAUCCUGUCCUUGAAGAACACAUCAUAUAAUAUUAAAGAGAGCAAAUAGAUGCAUGAGUUUAGUUGAACAUUUUUUAUAUAUAAAGAACUUUGAAUGAACCGUAAACAUAAGGUGGGUACGCUUUACCGGUAUACGAUGGUACCUGGCUUCAGUAACUUGUCUAUUAGAACGUGAUAUGAAUGACCGAUAGACAUAAUGCGGGUUAUCAAGAACAAUGCAACCCAGGACCUUUAGACAAGAUGUUCUUGGUGGAGUAGACGCUAGAUUUAUAAAAUAUUUAUAAAUUUGGCGUCAAUAGACAUAUUUCAGAAAAGCUACGUGAAACGCUUGAUGAACUUGAGCUUGAUUUUGGCUUGAUGUACGUUUUUCCCGACAGUUUUACUCAAAUAUCGGAUCAUCAAUAAGAUAAUAAGUAAUUCCAUUGUUUUUCUAUUUAGCCCAUAUUGUUGAACCCGGUAUUAUGUGUUUUAAUUAAGUACGCGGAUACUUACCAACGUUACUUCCAAAACCACGUUCGGUACUGAAUGUUUUCAUUUCAGUUUGAAUGUCUUCCAUGACAAGUUAUACAUGUUCAUUAGUCUAUAAAGAAGAUGUAAAGAUGUAAAUGGACACUAUAGUCGUCGAUUUUCCGCAUUGACUGAACAUCAAAGGACAAUAAACGUUGAUUAAAAUAUCUGUAUUCGGGUUUAUGCGUUUCAUCCGUAAUUAAAGACGGUUGAAACUUAUUAUCGGAACAGAUCGAUGCAGAUCAUUAAAUUGACAUACUUAAAACUUGAAAUAUAGGUAUGAUUAUUUUGAAAAGUAAAUAAUUAUUAAUAAAAUUA